AUGUUGCCGCUUUUGGAUUACAUAGCAUCGAUCACCAUCGAUAAUGACAUUAUUGGCGAUCCGGACAUCGAAUGCCUCGAUGAACAGAUCCGGGUUUUCGUUAAAACUCGGAAAAUUUUUAAUGGUUGUGGCCGGAUAUAUGCAAAAGGGAAAGCAGAAGACCCGGCAUGCUCGAAAGAUGAUUUUGCACUCCAGAAAACGAGAAAGCCUCACAUGGUACUAAAAUUUGGUACGUGCGGCAUGAAAAGUUUGCGGUCGGUUGACCCACGUGGCAUGUACUAUGGGAUAACGGUAGUUGUUUCGUUUCAUACGGUUCGUGUUCAUGCUCUUUUCGUUUCAUUAAUCGUUAGCGAAAUUUUUCCCUUUAAAAGUUUAAUAAUAUUUAUACUUGGAUGCCUGAAAUGGCUAUGA